GUCUCCAUCGGAUCUUAGUGCAAAAAAACAAAAAAAAUUGAUUAUGAGCCAAUUUUUUUCCCUUGUCUUUCUUGAUUUGAUAAAAAAGACUGGUUUUUUCCUUUGAAAGCUUUCUUGAUUUUGUUUUCUGUUCCAUGGGAUAAUCCCUCUUUUGUUCUGGAAUCUCUCUCCUUGGCAUUGUACUAUUCCUCAUCGGAUCCGAGCUGGAAACGUGUAAUCUUGACACGACAGAUUUAAUUUCUACGCCAUUAACGGGAAUCAAUCGAGAAAUAUGAGCUUUUCGUGGUCCUUCAGGAGCCGCCUUUCGAUGGAGGAAUCUCUAUCCCUCCUAGUUCUGUAGGAGGAAAAGGGAGAGGCGAAAAAAGAUGGAUUUUUGCCACUCCUUUCUUUCUCUUCGUUGAGGUCUCCCCAGCCGCUGUCUCCUUGUCAUGAUUGAUCGGUAUCCUUUGGAUUAGAUCUUGAUUUCCUAUUGCUUCAGACUCCAGAGGCAUCCGAGUGGCCGUCGCCUCCCGACGGAAGGCUUUGAUGAAGAUAUCUACAAAUCUUCCCUGAUUCAUGGCGAGAAGACAAAAGAGAGAAGCAAUUCCUUGUUUCGAUUUCUCUCUUGACAUCUGUUAGAUCUAAAAAAAAAGCUUACCUUGCAGACUGUUCAAAUGCCAAUGAUUUCCUUCUCCCCCCUUUCUCGUCCAGUUAAUUGACCCCGCAACUUCUGGUCUGGAAGCCAGGAAAUGUCGUUUAAGAGCCUCGUCCGUGAGCUGAGGGAUGGGAUUGGGAGCAUGUCGAGAAGAGGAGGAGGAGCGAUGGAAGGGAUGAUGACCGCGCACAGCCGAGGAUGUGCCCCGCAUCCGCAGGAGCUGGAAGAGCAGCAGCAGCAGGGGAGGUGGGCGAACCUGCCGCCGGAGCUGCUGCUGGAUGUGAUCCAGAGAGUGGAGGCGAGUGAGGUGGCGUGGCCGGAGAGGAGGCAUGUGCUAGCGUGCGCGGCGGUGUGCCGCUCGUGGCGGAACAUCACGAAGGAGGUGGUCAGGUCCCCCGAGCAAUGCGGCCAGAUCACCUUCCCUUUCUCCCUCAAGCAGCCCGGGCCACGAGAUCACCCGAUUCAGUGCUUUAUAAGGAGGGAGAGAGCGACGUCGACCUUCUGCUUGUACCUGGGUCUGACCCCCUCACUGCAGGGGCAGAGUGACAAGCUUUUGUUGGCAGCCCACAAGAUCAGACGUGCAACGAGCACCAACUUUGUGAUCUCAUUGAAUCCUGAAGAUUUCUCUCGAGCUAGCAGUACCUAUAUUGGAAAAGCGAGGUCAAACUUUCUGGCAACAAAGUUCACUGUUUAUGACAGCGAGCCUCCUUAUGAAGCUGCAGUUUCUUCAAGCAAUCGUUCAAAUCGAAGGAUUCAUUCUAGGCAAGUGUCCCCGAGAGUACCGGCUGGCAAUUACAACAUUGCUACCAUCUCCUAUGAGCUGAACAUCUUGCGAACCCGAGGGCCACGAAGAAUGCAGUGCAUGAUGCACUCGAUUCCCAUCUCCUCCGUCCAAGAAGGUGGGAGUGUCCCUGCACCCAGCAGUUUCAUUCACUCCGUCGAUCAACGGCUCUCCAUUUUACCAGUUGUGAAGGGCAAGGAGCCGGUGAUAGGUUUUUCUUCCACCAGUCUCAAUGAAUCAAAUGCACCUGUCCAGAUCAAUGGAGAACCUCUCAUUCUAAAGAAUAAAGCCCCUCGGUGGCAUGAGCAGCUUCAGUGCUGGUGCUUGAACUUUAGAGGACGAGUAACAGUGGCUUCUGUGAAGAACUUUCAGCUUGUGGCAGCUGCAGAUCCUUCCUGUCAUGUUUCUCCAGCAGAGCAAGAAAAAGUUAUUCUUCAGUUUGGUAAAAUAGGAAAGGAUAUUUUCACUAUGGAUUAUCAAUAUCCACUCUCUGCAUUUCAGGCAUUUGCAAUUUGCUUGACGAGUUUUGACACUAAGCCAGCAUGUGAAUGAACCAUUGAAGACUUCUGUCAAGUUCGAGAUCUUGGAGGAGGAAGUGGUUGUCUUUACUAAAUGUUACUCAUCUCACACAAUGCUUGUAAGAUGUUUUAUGCUUUCCCAUAUCAACCACCUUGUCUCGUGACUAAUUCUGUCCUCUUUUGGCUGAUCAAGGAAGUUGAUUCAUAAAUUUUAUAUAUAGUGUGCCUGCCUCAUGUAUACAUAAUCGUAUUGACGGAAAAAAUGAUUCUUAUAUGUUUAAUGGUGAAGUAAUUAAAGUUGCCAUCAAA